AGCCCGGCUGUUGGAGAACGCACGGAAACAACUGCAAGAAAAGUUCUUAAAGGUUCAAAGCCAGCUCCUGGAAGAAAAUAAGAGGUGUGAGCAGCAAGAAGCAAUGGUUAAAAAUCUUCAAAAACACGUGAAGCUUCUUACCAACGCCCGUGACAGAAUGAAUUCCAUUGUGCAAUCCUACGACAUGGAGACGAACCAAUCGGAGCGCUUACUGCAACUCAACGCCCGCGUGCAAGAAGCCGAGGAGUUGGUGAAGAAGGGGGAAGCCUACUGCAAGGAAAUGGAGGGCCAGUUAUUCGAGGCUUAUGAAGAAGCAGGAAGUCAGAAGAAAAGAGCAAACGUGCUGGAGGCAGAACUUCAGAUGCUGAAGGGUCAAAUGUCCACCGUAGAGCCCAGCAACUUCCUCGCCAAGGAAGAACUGGAUACACUGAGGUUAAAGAUUGAGGAAUUGGAAACUGAGCGAAGCCAGUUAGAAGAGAAAAACAAAUCCCUGGAAGCGAAGCUGGAACAAGCUAUGGUUCAGGGUGGUCACGAUCCCAGUCGCACCAAAGUACUCCAUUUCUCCAUGAACCCCGCCAGCCUGGCCAAGCAACAGCGCCAAGAGCAGAUGGGGAAUCUGCGGGAGGAGUGCGAACGUCUCCGCGAGAGGAUCAGGAUUUUAGAAGGUGGAGAUGGGGGAGGAACCAGCAGCGCCAGCGGCAAACUGGAGGGUGGCGUAAAUCUCCAGUCCCACCCUGAAAUCGCUGAAUUAAAGAAGCAACUGGAAAGUGCGGAGUUGAGUAACCAGCGCUUAAGGGAGAUCUUUGCAAGCAAGAUUAACGAAUUUCACAGAGCGUGUUAUAAACUGACCGGAUACCAUAUUGAUGCUACGAUUGAGAAUCAGUACCGUCUGAUGUCCACGUAUGCCGAGCACAAAGAAGACUGCUUGGUCUUCAAGGCUUCUGGGGCAAAGAUGCAGUUGCUGGAAACCGAAUUUUCGCAGACGGUCCGUGACCUGAUCGACUUUCACCUCCUGCAACAGAACAGCAUCCCCGCCUUCCUCAGUGCGGUCACCCUGGAACUCUUCGGGCGCCAGACCUUGCCUUAUUCACUCCCGCUGGGAAGUGCCACCCCUGCCUCAGCCGCUCGGGGCUCACAGAUGGAGAUGGGCUCGCAGGACGCCUGCCGAGGCCCCAAUCCGUAGAGGAACCGGCCUUUUCUCCCUUUUCAGUUGCUCUCUGGAUAUUUCAGGGCCUUGUAGUGAUCCUUCUGCGUAUUCCCUAUUUUCUGAAGAACUAACCUAAUCUUCCUCCCUCCCUCCGAAUCCUUCUCCUACCACUUCCUCCCUCCCUCCCUUUCAUUCUUCCUUCUUUC